AUGCUGUGUCCCAGAACAUUCCUCUUCCAGGUGUGCUUGAGCGUGGUCGUGUCUACUGGCUCCUGUAGUUGUAAGCCUCUCAAAAACAACAUUCGACUUGAGGACUCUGAGGACUAUUACUUCAAUAUGUUGGAGCAGGACCUGCUCGAGGAGGAGGAAACAGACAUGAGGCUGGAGAACCUCCUGGGGACCAUGAAGGAGGGCUUUCUGAGGAAACUGAACAUGUCAGAUGUUCCUCAGGAGCAUGGCAAGAUCUACCCUCCUCAGUUUAUGAUGGAGCUUUACAACAAGUACGCUUUCAACAGCACCGCCAGUCCACAGUCCGAUGUCAUACGCAGCUUCACGAUCCAAGAUAUCACUCACUCAGAGGUAAACGGCUCUAAAUCAAAACACAGGCUGUUUUUCAACAUGAGCUUGCCCAACCACGAGAAGGUCAUGGCUGCUGAACUACGGCUCUUCCUUUUGCCGGAUGCAAGGCCAGGGGUCAACUCCCACGGAUAUAAGGCAAUUAUCACAGUAUACAAGGUGGAUUACAAUGGAUAUGAACCCAUAACCCACGUACUGGCCGGGAGGGAGGUGUUUGGUUCAUGUGGUUCAUGGGAAACUUUUGAUGUGACCGCGGCGGUUGAGAGUUGGGUCACAGCGAGUCAAGGAGUAAGUGCACUGGAGGUGGUGGUGGACAACAAGGAUUGUGGGUAUUUCGAAGGCGAAGCAGGUUGUUCGGAUGUAAGUUGGUCCAUUGGAGAUAACACUUCAGCAGCGCUGAUAGUCUUCUCAGACGAUCUGGGGAGCAAGAGAAGGGAAACGAAGAAGGAACUGAGAGAGAUGAUCCUCCACGAGGAGGAGACCAUCUUCUACUCCGAAGCUGAGUGGCAUGCAGGAGACCAGUUUCUGAACGAGAUCCCCGAAGCUCUUCAACCCCGGCGGAAAAGAAGGAAGGCGGAGCGGGAAUACUGCCAAAAGACCUCACUCAAGGUCAAUUUCAAAGACAUCGGCUGGGACAGCUGGAUCGUAGCGCCGCCCGAAUACGACGCAUUUGAGUGUCGUGGCCUUUGUUCUUACCCGCUGACGGAUGAAUCGACGCCGUCCAAACACGCCCUCAUCCAGACACUCAUCAACAUCAAGAACCCCAAGAAGGCCAAUAUGGCCUGUUGUGUCCCAAUCAAACUGGACCCCAUUACUGUCAUGUACCAAGAGAACGGCCGUCUCACCAUACGGUACCUGUAUGAGGAGAUGAAGGUGGCCGAGUGUGGCUGCAGGUAG